UGCUGCCUAGAGGAUGACCACCUCGAGGGCUACGGAGAGGGGAUGCUCGCUUGAUUCCAUCCCCUCUCCGGCUGGCUGCUCCACGCAACCAGCGAGAAUUAUUAUUAUUAAAUUUGAUUAAAAGUUGACAUUGUUUUGUUACUUGUGUUAAUAUAGAAGAAAUAAAAAUGGCUCUACUGCGCACGGUGGGAUUUGUCCGACGGCAAUUGCAAUUGCAUGACGCUAUGCGCUUCUGAUUUGACGGAGCCUGCAGAGAUUUCGCUUCACCAUGAAACCCACCGGAGUGCCGCCAAGGCGACAGAGAAAUUCGUCGUUUCGGACAUCUGGUGAAACUUGCAGAGACUUCUCCGAAAAGUCGGAAGAUCUGCAAGCGCAUAGUGAAAAUCAUGAAGCUUGAGGCUACAGUUCAGAGCAUCGCUGUGCGCAGUGUGAGCGGGGCGUGGUCGAGCUCGUUCCUGUGUUUUGUACUGUACCGGUGGUCUUUACCGGAGAACAUAAAUGCCUAUCAUUUGUCCAACGAGGCCAAUGAUAAGAAAAUGGCACUAUUUUCCGAAGUACCAAUGAGGAUGUUCAAGUACUGUCGAUAAACCAUCAAUGUGUAAGAACACAGUUGUGAAGACGAGGGCUAUUGCGAAGUAUCCCAGCUUACCAGCUGGAUGCACUACUAGCAAUGAGCCUAUGGGCUUCUCUGAAGAACGAUACUGUUCCGACUCGGUGAAUCUUAGAAGACUUUUGCAGUCCAAGUUUGAGCUUCACAGUGGUGAAUCUACGAACUUCACAUUGUCCUGAAUCCAGGCUUGCUUCCGAGUUUACUGCUCGAUGACCAUGUGAGACUUGAGACCGUAAUAUAAUUUGCAUACUACAGUAUGGUCUCCGUGUGUCGGUUGCACUCUUGUAGCUUCCUUGUGUGAAUGAAGCUAGCCGUGUUGGAAGGCCGUGCUUCAGUUCGCCACAGGUCCUUCGCCAUGCAGGUCCUUGUGCUCCCACAAAGAGAUUUCCGGUGAAUUGCUCCUCCAGCUUUUUUAGUUGCGUCUGCUAACACUUACGAAAACGUGUCGAAAUGUAUGCCGACGGGUGGAAAAGCCCAGGCGGCUGAAAAAGCCAACAAUAAUAGAAAAGGAAAGUGAAGGGUGCCAUGCAACGAAAGAUGUAGGUUUCUACAAUCAGUCUACUACUUUGUUCUGAAAGUAGAUUGGGCAGUCAUGAGUCUAUGAUGAUUCAGUACUUGUGUGUCCAUUCAGCUCGUUCGAGAUCACGCUCGACGAAAAACGAGAUCACACAUCGAUGGCAGGCGAAGAACUAGCAACACAUUGAGAAUAUCCCUUCUUCGAAGAGUGGACUUUCAUGGAAGACUUGGGAGCCAGACAACCGAGAGAUGUGAGCUGCAAGAAAACCUCCUCGAUAUUAUUGUUCCCCUCGGAGGAUCUGCUAUGGCUUAAUUUAGAAACCUUAGGACAGUUCAGACAUUCUUGAUUGGAAAGGUAGAGCC